AUGCCCCCCUGCGACGCGGCCACCACCGUCUACGGCGUCCAAAAGGAGGCUGAGGAGGAACGAGGAUGGGACCGUGGACGUGUUGCCGAGGUUGGAUAUGAUAGUGACGCUCGAGGGGAAGAUUUAGAUUUGCUGGUGACUUUUUGGGCAGCGAGGCUGUGGAAGGAGGCCAAAGGGGACUUGAAGAAGCCUAUUACGUGGGAAGACUUUAAGCGGAUUGCGAGCGGAAAGACACACAUGUUGAGCGUCGGUGCUUUGGGACUCGCUGGUGCAUCGGCUGCCUUCUGA